ACAAAUUUUAACUAAUGGGGCACCAAUUUAGUAGUAUAUUCUCCGGUUUGGCUCGCUUCUUUGAAUAUCCGGUAAAAAGGAAACCUAUAUGCUUCUAUAGACAAGAAGAUUUUACGGCUACUGGUGAGCCUCUUAAGAAACCAUCUGAUGUACGGAAACUCCCCAUGACCGACUAUGACAUGCUGGUAGACCAAUUUUACAAAAGAUUAGCAGAACAACGCCAGCACAAUCAAGAAAUGAAAGACCACGAUAGAAGAUGGAGCGUGCAAAAGGUGGUGAAGCGUUUCCCAGGGUGGAACGAAGUGACCAUUGCAAAUCUCCACAGUCUAUUCCUUCUGUUUGACAAUUAUUCUAAUGGGAUGCUUGGUUUUGAUGACUUUUGUGCAGUUCUGGAAAGUUUGGGUGACGACACUGCCAUGGAGAUUCGCAAAGAGAAAUUCACUGAGGCCGAUAGUGACAACGACGGGUGGAUUACUUACGAUGAGUUUUUAUCGCUUGUAUACAACUUCAGCCCGCAAGAAAAUGGCCAGAUAUCGGGAUUGGCUUUACUGUGUAAUGAGGUUGCAGAGAACAUACAGUUCGUUAGUAAUUUAACAGUCGGUGAACAGUUAGAGUAUGGAUUGUUUUAA